AUGGAAGAAGAAAUUUCAGAAUUUUAGGGUGAACUCUCCUUGGAUAAAGGGAGACACAAUAAUUAAAAGGAUAUAGAUGACGAAGAAUCCACUUAGCAAUAGAAUAAAGGAUGGUUGAGUAACUUGCAUCGCGAGUCAAGGGUUGGAGAGAAGGAAUAUUAAGCUCAAAUUCCUGAUCUUCUUUACCAGAAUGAACAGCAGCGCAAUUAAGUUUUUAAGAAACAUAAAAGGCUUUAUGAGCCUUAUAUAAAUGAACUGUAAACUUACACUUACAGGAAUAACUUGAGCGAGUAUGAAGUUAAAGAAUAUCUCAAUUUUGCGAAAUGCAUAUCCCUUAAGGACAAUAAGAAUGACAAUGAAGGUUUAUUAAUAGGCUUGCCUUCUUCCGAUUAAGUGGAAGCAAAUGCACUCAAUUUCUUGGCAAAGUGCGACUAUUAGGUGGUUAAAGCAAAGUUUUACCUUGUUUUCCCAUCUUUAAUGUAUUUCAAUGCAUACAAAUCCAAAAUUUAGAAGCCUGUUUCUUUAACUGAGCAAGAAAUGCAGGAAAAGAUUGAUCAAUUCGUUUCUUAAUUGUAAGAAACUAAAUUAGGUUAGCAUGAAAAAUGGAAGCAAGAAUUGAACGAAUUGCUAGAAACAAGAAAUUAGAUACAAAAGAUCCAUACUCAUUUAGAAGCUGGAAAGCAACUACGCUAUGAAAUUCCAGAUUUUAUAAAAGAGGUCUUUGAUAAAGCUUAAAAAUUUUCAAAAGAGCUCAAAAAGAUUAUGCAAGACCGUGCUACUCUAGAAGAGCUUGAAUAAAAAAACCAGAUAUCUCUAAAUGAGCAUAAAAUUAUUACAAAUGAAAUGAUUUAAUUUGAAUAAAGCAUUUAACGUUGCAGAGACUGGCUUUAGAGAUUAGAACCCUAUUAUGCAGAUUAAGAUAAAAUUAAUUUAAAAAAUCUUAGUGGAUUUAUUAACGAAUAUAAAAGUUUGCCUCUUAAAUGUGAUAAAUUUGAAAAGAGAUUUAAGUAUGUUUAUGAAUAAUCUCUAGACCUCAUAGAAAAAAUUCCAAACUUCUCAAGGAUUUCUAAAACCAGAGGCACAAAUAACCACGAGAGAAUAAAUAUUAAAGAAGCUAUCAAAAUAUUAUAAUAAAUAUAAAAGUUAAAUGUUUAUUGUGAAGAAUUCGACUCAUUUGAGUGCGCUUUGAUCAUUACUCUCGAAAAAAUAAACAAUUUAUAAAUGCAUCUAAAUGAUGAAAGACUUGUUUUUACUAUAGAUUUAUUAAAAUAGCUAAUGAAUGAAGCAUCAGAACUAAAUUUUUAAAGUCCUAUUUAAGAUUAAAUCUAAGAUCUUUACACUUAUUACAAAUUAAUAGAAAAAAUAAAAAAGUAGAUUCAUGAUAAUUCUAAACUUUCAUCUUUGCUUGAAGAAAUCACUAAAGGAAAGGAGAGAGGCUUUUAGUCAUAGGAAUUAGAUUCAUUAGAGGCUCAAAUCAUCAAAACUAUUGAAUGGUUCAAAAAUUUUGAGAAACUUAGAGUAGAGAAAAAGAAUGUUCCUGAAAAGAAAUUCUACAAUAAUUUUAAAAUAGACCAAAAUGAGUAUAAAAAACUAUAAACUUUAGAAGAGAUGAAGCUUUAAUCUUAACAAUUAAAAAUUGAAGAGAAAUCUCUUAAGGAAUUCAAAGAAAUUUUGAAUGAGAUACAAAAUUGGAGAGAUAAUUGGAAUUAAAUGAAAAAUUAAUAAUCUGAAUAAGAAAAAUCUAAUGAAAAUACCUCUUAAACUGAUAAAAACAAUAAUUUAAAUAUUUCAAAAGAAGCCAUGGAAUUAGAAGAAAAUAAUUAAAACGAACAAGGAGAAACUCCAAAUCUAGAGAAAUUCAAAGCAGAUUCUUUUGAUGAGCUUUUCAAAUUUAUUUAAAAAGGUCUAACAUUUGGAAUAUAAACUCCUGAACUAUUGGAGAGCAUAGAAUACUACAAGAGAGGUGUUAGUUGGACUAUUUCUAGUUUAAGCUAUAUUAAUGAAUACUAAUCUACUCAAACUAAAUCAGAUAUUCUUACUGAUAAUUUAUUUAGUCAACUGCAAGAAGUCUUUAACAAAAAUAAAUAUGAAAAUGAACUGAAUGUCAAAAAUAAGCAAAAUUAUGAAAAGCUAGACAUUUAUUUAGAGUUUCCCAGAAUUCCUUCCUUCUGUUAUAAAUCUUAACAAUACAAUUACUUGAAACAAUUAAAAAAUGAUGUAGUGCAAUUGGAGAAGGAAGUUUAAGAAAUAAUUGAUUUGGAUCUGGAAGAGUUGCAAUCUUUAGAUUACUUUUCAGUAUUGGAAACUAUUCCAAAGCUAGAUGAAAGACAUAAAAAACUACCAAUGAAUAAUGCUAACAUUAAAAAAUUGUGGAAUAUUUAUGUACUUUAAAAGUGGGGUAAAGAAGCUAUGUUAGCUAAUAAAUACAUAAAUGAAGAAUUUAAAGAUAACAAAAAUCUUUAAGAACUACUUAAAAAGGAAGGUAUCCUCGAAUUUAUCUCAAUUGUUGAUUAAUUAGCUUAAUAGCUUUAAAAGUCUGACUUGUAAGAAUUCAUAGACUCAUGUAAAUAAAGUUGGACUUAAAUUGAUCAAAAGUUUAGCCGUCUAUUAGAUAUCAUCUUGAAGAAUCCUAUAUAAGAGACUCAAACUCUGGUAGAAAGUAGCUAAGACAAUGAUAAAUGGACUUACCAAAGGAUCAAAACACUUCUAAAAAAUGCUUAAAACUUUACUUUGAAAAACGAAUUCUUGAAAUUGUUUUAAGAUAUCUAAUCUUACAUAGAUUAAACUGAUUUGUGGAUUUCUAAUUUUUAUACAAAAACAAUAUGCAAAAGAACUAUUUAUACAAAAGAUGGAAAAAAAAUAACAAAGAAAAAAGGAAUUAACUUAGAUGAUUUAAAUUUGAGUCCUUUACUUGAGAGAAAAGCUUCAAAUGUUGACUAAUUACCUGAAAACUAGAUAUCUAGACAAAGUUCUAGAUAUUUUGGAGCUUUUGAGCUUGAUAAAUAAGACACUAUCAAUGAAAAAAAGGAAGAUAAUGAAAGUGAAAAAAUUUAAAUUGACUAAUUUUCUGCUGAUAUUAAUAAUAAUGACUUCUCUAAAAACGAUAAAAUGUAUAUAGAAAACCAAGAAUACCUGGAAGAAGAUAAAAGCGGAUAUAAUUCAGUAAAGAAAAUAUACUCUGAAUAUAAUGAUGAUACUAAAAUGGACUUAGAAAACCUCAACAAGGACACACCUUACAAAUCAAACUCUGUUGCAAAAGAAGACCUUUUAGAUGCAGACAUGACUAAUAAAGAAGAAGAGUCUAAUAUAAAUGAUGAAAAGAGUGAAAAUGGCUUAAAUCGAAGCUAUAUCUCCAAACAUGGAACAAAAAUAAAUAAAAUGCUCGAAGAUUCUGAAACAAAUAAAUAAACUAAAGAUGCUGAAAAGAAAUAAUUAAAAAAGAGCAAAAUAAAUACAUUUAACUAUUAUUUGAGCUACCCAAUGAUACUCAUUCAAUUCUACCAAGGACUCAUUAGAGAUAUAAAUAAUUAAGAAAUGAUUAUGGCACAGAAUAAAAUGAUUGAGCUGAUAAAGUACAAAAUAAAAGCAGGAGAACUUUUAAAGAGAAAACCUACCUUAGAAGAGAUGAAAAGUUAUAUUAAUAGAGGUGAAAAUUAUAAUUGUUAUAUUCCAGAGCUAAGUAUUAUGAAAAAAAUCAAUAAAUGGGCUAACUAAUGGGUCAAAAUGGCUAGAUAAAUUUUAGAUUCUAUUUCCAAGAAUAAAAAAAAUUUAAAUAACACAAAACUAAAAUCUAAAGAUGUUCUCCCGUUAGAUUUCUGUGAAGAGAAGUAUAUGCUAACUUUUGAUCCAAACUAAAUGUGUGUGAUUAUAACACCAAGAAAAAAGACAGAGUCAAGUCAAGCUCAACCAAAAACAAUUGAUUUAAAGAAGAAGAAUGAAUCUGGAUUUUUUGACGGAGAUUUAGAAUCUUAAAUAAAUUACUUGAUUAAUAACGAGUAACAGCAAACAAAGGAGUUAGAGUAGAAAUAAAACACAGCUAUGUAGUUAAAAGCUGGGCCUGGAAGAAAGUCAACUACUACUUAGCUGAAGCCAACUGGCAAAAGAAAUAUGCCCAACAAGUAUAUUAAAUCUCACUCUAAUAGUUCUUAGUUACAAAAUUAAAAUCGUCCAAAGAGAAAUUCACAAAUUCCAAAGCAUUUAAUUUAAGGAUAAUACCAUCUAGACACUCCAAAACUGACUCCUGACUUACCCAGCUAAAGUCCAUCUAAUUCUCAAUAAAUUUAAAGUAUAAGACUUACUCCUGUUAAAGUAGGUAAAGGCAUAAAAGAAGCUACUAUUGAGAAGGUAAAAAGAAAAUAUGUUCGCAAAAAUCAAAUUGACACAAUAGUAGAAUAGCCAGAAUUGAAGAAGAAAAGAUUAAUAAGUAAAGAUGGUUCUAAAUAGAUUGUAAUUGAAGAUAGAAACAUGCCUUUACAGGAUAAAAGGCUAAAGAAAUCUUAGCUGAAGUAAGCUGAAUUACUACAAGCGAAUGGAAUAGAUGCAGAAGUCCAAUAAUAAAUUGCAUAGAUUUCAUAACUUCAUUAGCAUUCCCAUAUAUAAGUUAUUUAAGAAGAUGAAAAUAAGGCUUAUUGUAUCUGCAGAGGUUAUUCGGGAGAAGAAUCAAUAGGAUGCGAUGGAUGCUAAGAUUGGUUCCACUUUAGCUGCAUAGGUCUAAAGCCAUAGUUAGGCAAUGUUCUAAAAAAAUACUACUGUAUGGGAUGCUGCAAGAGGUUUAACAGACCUUACCUAUAAGGACACAAAACUGAGUUCAUUUGGGAUUCUACUGAAAAAAUAUCGAUUGACUAAUUUAACGAAAUAGUAAAAGAAGGUCUUUCAUUACCAUUACAAAUCAAGGAAAUAGAUCUCAUUCUUGAGCUUAAACUGAAAGUUGACGAGUAAUUACUAGAAAUGUCUACUUUGAUUGAAAGAGGACCUGACUUGCUUAAAAUAAUUGAACUGUACGAAUAGGCAUAGAAGUUAGAUAGUGAUUAAAAUUGUGAGCAAGUUGAAGAACUUAGGAGAUAAGAAGAGGAAAAAGAUAAACAACUAUUUUAAUGCUAUUUAGCUCAUUUUGGAUUUCCUAUCGAUUUUCCACAAGCUGAUUAGCUUCUUUUGUUAAUUCAAAGAAGAGACUUUACUAGAUAGAUUUUAAGACAUCUUUAUUCGAAUAAGCUUCCAUUAAUUGAAUAAUUUUUCAAUUAAGUAUAAAAAUUAUUCGAUUUAAAUAAAAUCCUUGUUGAAUCUAGUUAAGAUCUUUGCUUAUACAAUCACUUAAAACAGAUAUACGAAAAUUCGAUGGAAGUAAAAAGUAAGCUAGUUUAAUUAAGUAAACAGCAGGUUGAUUUAGAAUAGUAUACUGUAUUAUUUAUGUAGAUUGAGAAAAAGUAGCUUAUAAUACCAAACUUAAAAGAACAUAAGUAGCUGGUCGAUGAUUUCACAAAAUGGCAAAAUGAAGCAUAAAAAUUAAUAAAUAUCUUUAGUAGCAUGAACAGAUACAAUAAAUAAUAACUUGAAAUAGAAUUAAAAAAUCUAAUUGAGAGAUAUGAAGCUCGUAUUAUGAUAAAGAGUAAGCUAAUUACCAAUUUGAAAAAUAUUCAAUAACAACUUCAACAAGAGCCAUAAAUCAAUCAAUAGCAAUAAAUGUAAUAAAAUAUUGGAUACUAAAUGAAUCAGAAUAGCUAAUUUAAGGCCAUGAUUCAUCCUCCUCCUCCACCAUACUCUGAAUAAUAAAUUUAAAUAAAUAACUAAAAAUAAAUUCGUAAUCAAAUUUUAAAUUAAAUGUAAAACUUCAACUACGAUAACUCUGAAAACUAAUUCCCAUAAAAUACCACUGAAAUGAGAAAUGUCUAUUAACAAAACCAUCGCUAUCCUAAUGCCAUGAUUACAGGCAACGAAGACGAAGAAGAUGAAGACUCAAUAAAAUCUUUUGUAGAAGAUUCAAAUGAAGAAUAUGGAGAAGAUUUUGAUGAUGAAGGAGAAGCUGAAAAUUAAAACAUAAAUAAACAUGGUGUUUUGUAUUACUAGAAUGGGUAUGAAUACUAGAAUUUAGCAUAAAAUAUGCAAAAUAGCUAAGAUGAUGAUAAUGAGGAAGAAGAAGUUGAAGAAGAAGAUGAUGAUGACGAAGAAGAAGAAGAUGAUGAAGAAGAAGAAGAAGAGGAGGAAGAGUAAGAAGAAGAUUAAGGAGAAGAUGGUGAUGAUGAUUAUGAGCAAGAAGAAUAAAAUUAAUAGCAAUAAUUAGAAAUGCAAAAUAGAGCUUUUGAGCAAGAUAAUUAAGAAGAAGAAGAUGAUGAUGAAGAUAAUGAUGAGAAUGAAGAAGAAGAAUAAGAAGAAGAUGAAAAUGACGAUGAUGAUGACAACAACGAUGAAGAAGAAGUUGAAGAUUUUGAAGAAGAAUAAGAAUAUGAUGAAAAUGAGGAAAAUUAAAAUAGUUAUAAUAAAUUUAAUUAAAAUGAAGAUUUUUAAGAAAUUGAGAAUGAUAGAUAAGAAAUGGAAUAAGAAAACGAAGAUGAAAUUGAUGAGGAAAAUGAAGGUGUAGAAGAGGAGGUAGAAAAUGAUGAAGAAGAUGAUGAGGAAGAAGAAGAAGAUGAAGAAGAGGAGGAGGAAGAAGAUGAAGAAGACGAAGAAGAAGUAGAUGAUGCUGGAUAAGAAAAUAAUAAAUAAAAUAUUUAAAAUGAAAAUAAAAUAGAUUCAAUAAACUUAGUUUAAAGGGAAUAAUAAUAGUAAGUAGAUUCUAAAUAAAUAAUUAAUAACAAUAAAUUAGAAUAACAUUAAGGUAAAUACAAAGAUGUAACAAAUUAGAGUCCUUCGAAAAAAAUUUCAUAAACAAAUGGUAGAAGUGAAGAUAACUUUCAAAUAAGCAUGAACCCAAUAAAUUUAGCAAAUAAUAACAACCAUCAAUAUAAUGAUAGUAAUGUAAAUCCAAACGGAAAUAAAAAAAAUUACAUGUAUAACGGAGAAGAUUUCUCAUCAAUAAAUAUGAAUAUAAUACAAAAUUAAAAUGGAGAUAACCAUAUAAAUAAUUCAUACAUCCCUAAAUCUGAUAACAAUAACAACAACAACAAAUGA